AUGCUCGAAGAAACCACCAACAACGCGAACAUCAUCACCACCACCACAACCACCACCACCAACGAGCCAACACUCACGCAAUACGAAGCCGAGCGCAACGCGCGGAUACAAAAAAACAUCGAACGCAUGAAAUCGUUCGGCAUCGACGACGCGAGGAAAAAAGUGAUGACGAUGGAAUCGAAGCACAAAAACAACGCGACGACGUCCUUGUUAUCCAAAAAGCGCGUCAAAAAACGCUCUGAAAACGCAACACAGAUGGACAGAUCGAAACAACCGAGGCGGACGUCCUCGCGCGUGCGCGGAGAGAAAGCGCCGGACGUUUUCGUGCCCGAUGAAAGAAAUCUUUGGGAACCGACGUAUAACGAGGAAAUCUACACGCAAAGGCAAGUUUCGAACUUGGGCGAUCGAAAAUCGGAGUGGCAACUCUUCGUCUCCGGGUACGACCAACAAGGUCGACGGUUGUACGACAACAACAGAGGCGUGUGUUGUCACCAGUGCAGACAGAAAACGCUGGGAACGCACACGACGUGCAGGAAGUGCAACAUGAUGCGCGGGAAGUUUUGCGGAGACUGUAUUUUUAUGCGGUACGGUGAAAACGUUCUGGAAAUCAACGAAAAUCCGGAGUGGGAGUGCCCGGUGUGUCGUGACAUCUGCAAUUGUUCGUUCUGUCGCACGAAGAAAGGGUGGAUGCCGACUGGGAACAUGUACCGAGCCGCGAUCGCGAGCGGGUACAAAUCCGUGGCGCAUUAUUUAGUCUUGUCGAGACAGGACGACGAGGAAAAGGCCAAACUGUGCGAAGAGGAAGCCGAACGCGUCGCCGAGCGAUUGCAGAGAGAAGAAAAGAGACGAAUUCAAGAAAACCCAGAGUUAUACGCGAAAGAACAAGAGGAGAGGAGGAAUAGGCCGCACUGGUUGAAGAAUAAAAAGUAG